AUGUCCUCGUCCGACGGAACAGCAGCCGAUGCUUCAUGGGAACGGUCCGAUGGCCGAUCGCGGCCUCCACCAACUGUCAACACCAUCCGCCGCAUCCGCCAGGCCUGCACGAAUUGUCGGCAUCGCAAGACGAGAUGUUCCGGCGAGCGGCCCAGAUGCAUGAACUGUCGACGAGUCGAUCGCGUCUGCCACUAUGAACCCUACUCCACCACCAAUCCCCCGAGCUCAGCUUCAGUUGCUGCGAACAAUGGCGCGGCAAAGGGCAAAUCGCCGUCUUCUCUCUUCCCUCGCGCCGGCGUGGUUGAUAUCUCGCGGCUGCCACUGGCUACCAGGAAGUCUCGCCAAAGCUCACCGAGCCAUCGCCUCCUCAGCAUCAAUAUCCGCCUUCCGCCCCCGAGCCCACAAACACCGUUCCCGACUUGUCAAGUACAAUGUAUGAGAUUUACUACCGCGCCGCCUCCCGCCGUCAUGGAUCACCUCAUCGAUGCAUAUUUCCUCCACGUCCACAACCAGCCAUAUUCAUAUUUUCACGAACAGAGCUUCCGGGAGAGGGUCAACUACGGUCUUAUACCAAAGUGCCUGCUCUUUGCAAUUUUGGCCUCUGCCCUUAAAUUCUCAGAUAUCGAAUACUUCCAGGGUUCCAUACGCGAGGCCACCGAGGCAUACGCUAGAGAAGCCUGGCUAGCCAUCCUCCAUGAGCAUCUGACCGUCGAGAACAAUCCGACGUUGGCAGAACGAACGUUGACAUUGUUAACUUUGUUUUAUAUAGGCGGUCGUACAAGUUCAGGGUGGUUAAAGAUUGGCCUUGCCGUCCGCAUUGCGCAAGACUUGCAGCUCAUGAGGGAACCGAAAAAUACAAUGCCACCAAUUGAGCAGGAAGAACACCGGAGGGCUUUUUGGUCAAUAUACCUUCUUGACAAGCUGGUCUCAGUUGGUCAAAGCCGCCCGCCUGCCAUUGCCGAGGAGGAUAUUCACGUCCAACUGCCCAGCGACGAGGAGACACUCAGAAGGGGCAUCUGGAAGAAGACUCCCACACUCCAUCAGCUUAUCAACUGGAAAUCCGAGACGGAAUCAUCGGUCAACGGCACCUUUACGCAGACGAUACUCGCUGCGACAGCCUUGGGUCGAUGUUGUCGAUAUGUCUUGCAUGGGCGUGAGAUGGACGAAAUGCCACCAUGGGAUCCCAGGUCCGACUUCACACUACUAAACACCUUUUUACUUUUAAUCGACCAUCAUCUUCAAGUGGAGACUCCUUCUAUCCCUCAAAUUGUAGAGCACUAUCGCAGGCCGGAUGGCACCCUGGACUUCCAGUCACUUGAACACGUUGUGUUUGCGCGCAUCGUAUUUCACACCGCUCACUGUCUCCUUAAUCACCCCUUUCUUCUCCGGAUGAGGCUCCAGAAAUCAAAUUGCAAGGUACCGCCGAAAUUUUUAACUCGUUCCUUUCAAAUCAGCUGCAAUCAUGCUCGAUCAAUAUCCAGCUUAGUGGAGGAUGCCAUUGCAUCUGGCUGCCAUGUUCAAUCCUCCUUUUACGCAUAUGCCUCCAUCCUUGCCGGUGGCAUUCUCUCUUUAGCCAUCCAUAUCGACCAAGAGAAGGGGCAGGUGACGGACCCGGAAACACUCAACCACUACCAAAAGGCCAUUCAUAUACUAGAAAGGACAGGGAGGAGAUGGGAUCAUGCUUCGAAAAUGGUGAGUCUACAUUGCUUAUUCCGCGCCAUUCUAUGA